GCAGCGUAAAAAAGAAAAAGAUUCGUCAGCGACGUCACUUCCUGUCUUGCGCAGAAGCGACUUGAGCCAACAUGGCGGCGGUUGUGGAGAAAUCAACGAAAGAGCGACUUCUCUCUGCGUUGGACGAUUUGGAGGUUUUAUCCCGGGAGCUGAUCGAGAUGUUGGCGCUGUCCAGGAGCCAGAAGCUGCCGCAGCCCGGGGAGGACAGCCAGAUCCUGGAGCUGCUGGUACAGAGGGACAGGGAGUUCCAGGAGCUGAUGGAGGUGGCUCAGCAGCAGGGGAAGGUGCACCAGGAGAUGCAGCUGCUGGAGAAGGAGGUGGAGAAGAGAGACAACGACAUCCAGCAGCUGCAGAAACAGCUGAAGGAGGCUGAACACAUCCUGGCCACUGCUGUUUACCAGGCGAAGGAGAAACUCAAAUCCAUUGACAAAGCCAGAAAAGGAAGCAUCUCUUCAGAGGAAAUCAUCAAGUACGCUCACAGAAUCAGUGCCAGCAACGCCGUGUGUGCGCCGCUCAACUGGGUCCCAGGUGAUCCACGCAGACCCUACCCCACGGACCUGGAGAUGCGCAGCGGGAUGCUCGGUCACAUGGCCAACCUGCCGACCAACGGCGUAAACGGACACCUGCCGGGUGACGCUCUGGCUGCUGGCAGGCUACCAGACGUCCUGACGCCUCACUACCCCUGGCAGUCCUCGGACGUCUCGGUGGGGAUGCUGCCUCCUCACCACGGCAACGACUUCGGCCUGGAGCCUCCAGGGCACAACAAGGAGAACGAGGACGACGUGGAGGCCAUGUCGACUGAUUCCUCCAGCAGCAGCAGCGACUCCGAUUAAAAAAGAGAGAGUGUGUGUGUGUGUGUGUGUGUGUGUGACCACUGAGCAGCACCUGAUCAAACAUCUCCACCUUUGGUUUGUGCAGAGCUCGAACAUGAGGAAGGACAAACAUGAAGCAUUAAAUGUCUUGUGUCCAAAACCCAAAGAUGUGAAUGUGGUUAAUAUGAUAGAAAACAAGAAAAAAGCAGCAAAUCUCCAUAUUUGAGGCUGAAUUUUUUUUACUUUUACUGGAUUCUCAAAAUAGUUGUUAGUUGUUCUGCAGGAGCGAUCAGACGCUCUGCAGGAGCGAUCAGACGCUCUGCAGGAGAGCGUCUGAUCGCUGCAGCUCUGCAGCAGAGCGUCUGAUCGCUGCAGCUCUGCAGCAGAGCGUCUGAUCGC